CACGCAGCGCGCCUCCGUCCGAAGGAAGCGACAGGGUCCUGAUAGGAGGACUUGCACGACAAUCUUCUGCGGCAUGGAAAUCCUUCCAUUGUUUGCGGCGGUCGCGCGAUGGGGCUCUAAGGCCCAACGGCUAUGUUCCAUUGAGGCCAGCCUUGCCGAUCUGUUGUCUAGGCGCUGGGCAAUGUGAAUUUCACCUGCACCAGCCCUUUUACGUGGAGGAAGGCGCCCGUACCCACCGUCAGUAGCGUGCAGAUGCUUUUUGAUACCAUGCCACUGUGCUGCGUGUCAAUAUAAGCUCUGCUCGCAAGCACAAGCACCCACGCCGCGUCGGUCCAAGUGCAGCAAUCACCACCGAGAUGGGUUUCGAUCAGGCUAAAAUCGCCAUCGUUGGCGGUGGCCUUGGUGGCAUGUCCUUUGCCAAUGCUGCUCUUCACGUUGGCUUGACCAAUAUCGACCUGUAUGAACAAGCCGCCCAGUUUACCGAGGUCGGCGCGGGUGUCAACAUCACCCGCAAUGCAAACCGCAUCCUUGACGCUUAUGGAUUGAAAGACUCGAUGUUGUGGAAGUCGUCACGAAACCCACCAUGCUACAUGGAAUAUCGCAACUACAAGUCCGGCGAUUAUCUAGGCCAGAUUGACGAGUUCGGAGAACCGUCGUCCAGGCAGAUCCACCGGGCUCAUUUACUGGACGUGUUGAAGGAGCGAGUUCCGGAAUCCAUAUUACAAACGGGCAAGAAGCUGCGCUCCAUAACGUACAACGGUUCAGAAUAUCAACUCACAUUCGAAGACAACUCUGUUGCCACUGCCACCGUCAUCAUUGGAUGUGACGGUAUCAAAUCAGUAGUUAGACAACACCUUGGCAUCACAGACUCUCCUACCUACUCGGGUCAAGUAGUCUAUCGGGGCUAUGUGCAGUACGAGGACCUGUCCGCCGAAGCAGCAGCGAUUUUCCGCAGAACUGUUGUCUACCGUGGUCACCGAAAACACAUUCUGACGCUACCUAUCGGGAACGACGAAUCCAAAACAGCCCGCAUCGGUGUCAUUGCCUUCAUGACUGAGUCCUUGGACCAGUGGAAAAGCGAAAGCUGGAUGGCAACCGCGCCUAUCGACGACCUGCACGAACAUGUCAAGGACUGGGCUGGACCCAUUCAAGAGCUUAUUGAGGGACUCCGCAAGUCAUCUCCAGACGGCAAAAUGCUGAAGCAAGCCCUAUACGUCCGAUCACCCGUUGAAACUUGGUUUCACGUCGAAGAGACCAAUCCUUCCCAUGGUAUUGUGCUACUUGGCGAUUCUGUUCAUUCAACCCUGCCACAUCAAGGUCAAGGGACAUGUAUGGCCAUUGAGUCUGGCAUCACCCUUUCAACCAUCCUGAGAAUGUGGAAAGCUGGAGACGAUCUUCGACCGGCCUUCCAACUGUAUCAAGAUAUCCGUAAGCCUCGUACGAAUAAAGUCACCAGAACUAGCUAUGAAGCUGGAAAGUUAGCAUCAGCAGAUCUUCCUGAUGGCUUAACGGAGAAUUUCAGACCAGACCUGCUGAAGGAAAGGAUGAAGUGGAUUAUGGAGGCUGACAUAUUGGAGGAAGUAUACCGAAAAGGCGCUCCCUACUUUGGGCUUCAUGCAGCACAUGUCACCGGUGCUACCGAGGCUGGACCCGUGCAAGCCAAUUUAUAGAUAUAUGAGGAUAUUAUGGGCCGCCAUUUGUACGCCUUUUAAUCACGACCGAAGAAAUGUCGGUACUCUUCCUAGGUGACCAUAGGAUGGCGCACAGUUUUUUUAGGGUUGAAGCAUAAGCACUAC